CUUUAGUUUUUUUUACUUAUUUCUAUAAGUAUAUAAGUUGUUUUUUUUUCAGAUGCUGUGCCACUUUCUGGUCAUUGUAUCAGUAUUAGUGUCAGUGGCAGGUCACGGUAGAGUGUUAGAGCCGCCAUCCAGAGCGUCAAUGUGGCGUUUUGGUUUCCACACUAAGCCGAAUUACGACGAUGACGGACUGAACUGUGGAGGAUUCUAUCGUCAAUAUAAUAUUAAUCAUGGAAAAUGCGGUAUUUGCGGUGAUCCUUACGACAUGAAGAAACCAAGAUCUCACGAAAUCGGCGGCGCAUAUGGACAGGGUAUAAUCGUGGCUCAGUUCAGAGCUGGUCAAGUGUUCACAGCAACAGUUGAAAUAACUGCAUUUCACCGCGGCUACUGGUACUUCAAGAUCUGUCCUAAUUCUGAAAGGAGUGACCAAUCAUGUUUCGACAAAUAUCCAGUAGAACUUAAAAAUGGAGGAUUCAAAUAUUAUCCACCGAAAUCAGGAACUCAUAAAGUCGACUAUCGUCUCCCUGAGGGAUUGUUUUGCGAUCAUUGUGUACUUCAAUGGAGAUAUGUUGCUGGUAACAACUGGGGUUCUUGUGGCAACGGGACAGGAGCACUGGGUUGUGGAAACCAGGAAACAUUUGGCGCAUGUUCAGAUAUAUCUAUCAGUGCGCCGAAUUAUAUCCAAAAUGGACGAUUUCCGGUCCACCUGGCGUAUUUAAAUGAUGUUGAUAAGGGUCUGCUUGAUUUACUCCGAAAAAUAACUCCAAGUCCCAUCAAAAAAAAAACUGCCGUAUCUAAUAAAAAUAAGAAAAAUCAUCGAAAACCUAGAAAUAAAGAGACAAAACACUCGAAACGGAAAAAGUUCUGGCAGACUGAGACGUGAAUCAAAUGUGCCAAUAAAGGACGCUCCACAAACACAUAGUUAUCAUUUUAUUUAAAAUAUAAAAAUAAAACACAAAUAAAACUUUUUAAAUAAUUUAUUCCCUCUAUUUACAUUUGGUGUUAUCUAACAUUUACUAUCUACAAUGAGAAUUUAAAUACAGUCCGGCACAGCAACAUACGCUCAGUUUUAUAAUACAUCAAAACAGGUAAGUACGCAAUUUGAACAAAUUAGCUUGAAAUUUGAGCGACAUUAUUGCCACCGACUGUACUUUUAACAUAGCGUGACACGCAGAACAGAUAACAUAAUAAAAAUGACAACAAAUCCUUUAAAAAAA